CCCUCUCUCCCCGUCUGCUCCAGCUGACUACAUCCAUGCCGUGAUGAGGGAGCGGCCCCCUCCACUUUCUCCACACCCCGCUCUCCCUCGCCCUCCUCAUGCUCAUGCCACAGAGGGUCCGGAUGGAGGCACACGGAGGAGCAGCUGGCCAAGAUCCAAACAAGGAUGUUCAGAAGCCACUGAAGUCCUGCAGCUCAGGGGAACUGAGCCCAGAGGCAUCCCAUAAUCCUUCACUGGGAGAGGAGAGAGCAAUCCCACUGCCCCUUUCUGGGCUACUGCAUCUGACAGACAGGAGACAGCCUCUGAGCAGCGUCUCCUCGCUGGAGGUGCACUUCGACCUCCUGGACCUGACCGAGCUCACGGACGUGUCCGACCAGGAGCUGGCUGAGGUCUUCGGCGAUUCGGAUGAAGAGAAGCACAUUGAAUCACCAGCAGGUCUGCGUCGAGACACACCAGCUCUCCAGCCUCACAGUGACAGUCACCUACCAGGGCGAGACCUGUCCCCCUUGGGCCACAGCCAGUACAUGUACUCCACCUCCUGGACCCAAUACAGUAAAAGUGAGCCAACUCAAGACAGGGACCGGCAGCAUAAAUCAGACAGCGAGGAGUAAUUCCUGCACCCGGAGAUUCGAAGCGGCCAGAGCCAGUGACAGAAGGAGGAUACUGGGGACCGAGGGCGCUGGCGCUAAGCAAACCCACUCAGACCCAGAGAAAGAGGAACAUGUGCCUGCAGUGCGUUCUGGGAACUUCUCCUCCCUCACAACACCAAGGGGCUCCAUCUCAGGGGGCCAGGGAGGGGACCAAACCACAGUGUCACCAUCAUGCUGCUUCAGGAGAAUGUCCUGCUCACGACGCAAAAGAAAACUGGCACCCGGAGACAGUUCUGAUGGGAAGGCUGUGAGGUCAGAAUGACAGCUGAUACUAAAGCUGCCAUGCCACAGGGACAAACAUGUCCGCUGUCACCCGCUGACCUUCAAUAAAACAUGAGCAAAGAUGGGUUUUGCCCAUUUAUCACUAUCAGAAAACAGAUGGUCCAUGAUGAAGUACAAGGCUGCAGAUUUGUGUGAGAGACAGACGCAUUUACCCAUGUGAGCGCUCAGCGAGAACCUAACGCUUACAUAUUUAGCAUGUUGGAAUCUGAAGUGCUGUGGGUCUUACUACACUGUGUGUGUAUGUCUGUUAGGAUGGAGAGCGUUAAUCCAAUAAACACUGCAUCUAUUUCAGUUUAUGUUAAGGUGUUAAGUCUGACUGUGCUUAAGUGAGACCUACAGCAAUGUAACAAUUUAUAACAACAAAAUUCACUAAUGAAAUGGAUGGCCCCCAACCUACGGUAUAACAGAUUGCACCAAGCAGCCCAGCGUACCUGUCCUGGUUCUGUUCUCGUGUCUUUUCGUUUGUGAGUCCUGAACCAGAACCGCUUACAAAACUCCGGCCACAGACUCUGACACACAAGUGAUGGAAAUCCUACCCAAAGCGCUCAUGUUCUCAGAGGUGCCGCUGAGGCCAUUUUCAAAAUGUGCUCCUUGGGGAGGUGAACCUCUGCUCCUCCCAGCAGUCCCUGUGAGAGCUGAAGCUUUGUUGAAGGUGCUCAGGAUCUGCACUAGAAUACGACAUAAAUUAAACUUUGUGCAUUUCAACCCUAUACACAAGCCUGAACACAGGCAAAACGUCAUGUAACAUUAUAUCCUGAAGCAUAAGCAUUAACAAAGAAACUGCACAGCUCAUGUCCCAACACUGAAGCGCAGUGCAGGUGUGAAUGAACAAGGCCCCGGGGCCAGGGGCCGAUCCUCUUCUCUGGUUGGGGCCCCAUCAGCCUGAUCCCAUGGGGGGUCCUUUCCAGCAGCUUAUAUUAAACAUGAAUGUAUGCUCUUCAAAUUUCUUGUGUUUUAAAUACUUUUUCUCAAUGAAAAAAGUAUAACGGCAUAAUUAUGUAAUCUGUGUUCAUUUACAGGGAAAUGUAAUUCAGGAUAUAUGGUGUAUAUAUUAUGUAUUGUAUUUAAAACCUGCAUAAAACACAAACCCAUUGUAUAACACAUUUGUAACAUACAUUUAUUUUACAUAGCUGUUUGUUUAAAUAAAGAGAAUUCCUGUUACA